AUGAGUUCUCUCAUGCCAGACUGCACUUCAAAGUGUCGAUCUCUACAGCACGCUUUGGAUGUUAUUUCUGUGGUAACCAGAGGAAGUGAAGGCCAGAUCAAGGCCUUUCUCUCUUCUUACUGCUAUAAUGCUGCAACUAUAAAAGAUGCCUUUGGUAGAAAUGUUAUACAUCUUGCUUCGUCUUGUGGCAAAAAAGGUGUGCUAGACUGGUUGGCUGAGACCAAAGGAGUAGAUCUCUUGGCAAAAGACAAAGAAUCUGGAUGGACAGCUUUGCACAGAAGUAUAUUUUAUGGAUACAUUGAUUGUGUUUUGUCAUUACUGAAGCAUGGCGUUAGUCUGUACGUUCAGGAUAAAGAAGGCUUAUCAGCCCUGGAUCUUGUGAUGAAAGAUAGGCCAGUCCAUGUGGUCUUCAAGAAAACUGAUCCCAUGGAAGUCUACACCUGGGGAAACAAUAUAAAUUUUACUUUGGGUCAUGGUGGUCAACAGGGUAAACAUCAUCCUGAAUUGGUGGACCUUUUUCCUCGGAAUGGCAUGUAUAUCAAACAGGUAGUACUCUGCAAGUUCCACUCUGUGUUCCUUUCCCACAAAGGCCAAGUUUAUACAUGUGGACACGGACAAGGAGGACGCUUGGGUCAUGGUGAUGAACAAACAUGCCUGGUUCCAAGACUUGUGGAAGGCUUAACUGGCCAUUACUGCUCCCAGAUAGCUGCAGCUAAGGAUCAUACUGUUGUUUUAACAGAAGAUGGAUAUGUUUACACAUUUGGUUUAAAUACUUUCCAUCAAUUGGGUAUUCUUCCUCCUCCUCCCAACUGCAGUGUUCCUAGACAGGUUCAGGCAAAAAACCUGAAAGGUAGAAUGGUGAUUGGAGUGGCUGCAGGCAGAUUCCAUACAGUGCUAUGGACUAAGGAAGCAGUGUAUACCAUGGGGCUGAAUGGCGGCCAACUAGGUUAUCUGCUGGAUCCUAAUGGAGAAAAAUGUGUAACUGCACCUCGCCAAGUUUCUGCUCUACACCAUAAAGAUAUCUGUGUGUCCUUGGUCUCUGCAAGCGAUGGCGCCACAGUGUGCGUUACUGAAAGGGGAGAUGUUUAUUUACUUGCAGACUAUCAGUGCAAAAAGAUGGCUUCAAAACAGCUGAACCUUAAAAAAGUUCUUGUUACUGGGGGAUAUUUGGAAUACAAGGUAGAUACCCAGCAUCUUAAAGAAAAUGGAGGUCAGAAGAUUUGCAUUCUAGCACUGGAUGAAGCUGGAAGAGUGUUUUGCUGGAAGUCAUCUAACAACUCCAUGAAGCAGUGUCGUUGGGUGUAUGGCCGGCAAGUCUUCAUGUCCGAUGUUGCUUUAAAUAGGAACGAAAUGAUGUUUGUCACACAGGACGGUGAAGCCUUUACAGGGCAGUGGUUGGAAGAAGGGAAAAAAAUCUCAGAAAAGAAAGAACUUGUAUCGAGCCUUCAGAAUUCUUCAUGUGAUGCAUCUUCUGAACAUGAUGCAAACAGUGUAUAUGAAAGAAUUCGACUUCAGAAGCUUACUUUUGUCCAUCGAGCUGUUAGUAUUGCCACUGACCCUAAUGGUUGCAAUUUUGCUGUUUUACAGUCAGAUCCUAAAACAAGUCUCUAUGAAAUUCCAAGUGUGUCAUCAUCAAGUUUUGGAGAGGAUUUUGGCAAGCUGUUAGAUGAAACAGAUGAAAUGGACAGCAUCCAUGAUGUGACUUUUCAGAUUGGCACAAGAACUUACCCCGUACACAAAUACAUCUUGGCUGUGCGCUCUGACUUCUUCAAGAAGCUGUUUGUUUCCAGUGACAACCAGCUAGACACUCCAGAUGUCUACCGUAAAGAUGAAGACGCUGUUGGAUGUGAUCUUUAUGUAAUAGAGAAAGUUCAUCCAGAUUUGUUUGCAUACCUUCUGCAGUUCAUAUACACUGACACCUGUGAUCUUUUGACUCAUGGUUAUAAACCAAAAAUCCUGCAUAAAGGAAAAUCGGAAGAAUAUCAGGAUACUUUAAUUUCUAACCUGAGCAAAAUGAGUUUUGAUGAAAAUGUUAAUGGAAAGUCUGCAUUUGAGAUUUAUAGAAAUAAUCAAGUGCAAGUUAUAAAUGAAAAACAGAAGAGCAAAUCUAAAAAAGGCAAAGUUGCUGGUGAAGAAGCUAACCUCAUAAAAAUGUUGCAGAGUACUGCGAAGAAAUUUGGACUCAGCAAUUUAAGUGGAAGGUUGGAUGGAGUCAGGUUAGAAAAUGGAAAAAUUAAUGUUGUCAACAAGAAGAAUGGGAACAAACCAAAGUUAAAUCAGAAGAAUUGUUCAUACCUCUGUGAUGUGACCCUGAAAUCUUUAGAUGGAAAGGAAUUCCCGUGUCAUAAGUGUGUACUUUGUGCAAGACUUGAUUAUUUUCACAGCAUGUUAAGCAGCUCAUGGAUUGAGGCUUCCUGUUGUUCAGCUCUGGAAAUGCCAAUCCAUUCUGACAUACUACAGAUAAUUGUAGAUUACCUAUAUACAGAUGAAGCUCUUGCGAUAAAAGAUUCUCAAAAUGUGGAAUUCAUAUGUAAUGUUCUUGUGGUAGCAGACCAACUUCUUAUAUCCAGACUCAAAGAAAUCUGUGAAGUAGCCAUUGCAGAAAGACUUACUUUAAAGAAUGCUGCCGAGUUGCUGGAGUUCUCAGCUAUGUAUAAUGCUGAACAGUUGAAACUGUCCUGCUUGCAGUUCAUAGGACUCAAUAUGGCAGCUUUGCUUGAAGCAAGGACUUUGGAUGUCUUAAGUGAUGAAGUUGUAAAGGAUCUUUCUGUUUAUUACAGGAAAAUGAUUCCGGCUAUGGUCAGGAGAGUAAUUACUCCGUAUCCAGAUGGACCUGAUAUAAGUUCCUUUGAGCCUGAAGAUGGAGAGAACUUUAUCUUUUUAAGGGAAGAAAUGAAUACAGAACAAAAUUCUCAGGAAGCCCUUUUCAAAAGAGCAAAAACUAAAGCGAAAAAGAAGCCACGAAAACGGUCCGACAGUUCUGGAGGAUAUAAUCUAUCAGAUAUUAUUCAGAGUCCACCCUCUACAGGCUCAGUAAAACUGGAUAAAACUAACUCUGUGGAAUCACUUCCAGAACUGUUAACAUCUGACUCUGAAGGUAGUUACGCAGGAGUGGGUAGCCCCAGAGACUUGCAGUCCCCUGACUUCACAAAAGGAUUUCAUCCAGAGAGGACUGAGAUGAAGGACAAAGCAUGCAGUCAGGGUGUGAAACCCUCUCAACCUAACAAGGAGAUGAAGUCAUAUAAGGGAUCAUCAGCAUUGACACAGUCUGUUCCACAGUCCAUUCCCAGUGCCAAAAAUAAUUCUACAAGCUCUCCCAAUUGGGUAGCAACCAGUUUCAGCCCUGCCAGCCCUCCUGCUAUGGAUCUAAGAACCAUCAUGGAAAUUGAAGAAAGUAUGCAGAAAUGUGGAACCAUGCCAAAAGCAAAUUCAGGCAGAAUAACAUCUCAUGGAAUCAAGCUUUCUCAGAAGCAAAGGAAAAUGAUUGCCCUGGCAGCAAAAGAUAAUGGAUCAGUAACUAGCAGCAUGGAGCCUACUACGCUAAUAACCACACCAGCCCCACCUAUGAAAGUUGCAAAACUAGGGAAUGCAUGGUCAUCUUCAUUACAUUCUGCUUUGCCAAAGUCAUUUCGUGAUCUUGUAAUGGAAGAAGAAAAAUGUAUGAGUGCGAAUAAUUCACCUGGUACUGGUAUCAAAAGAGGUGGAUAUAAAGGAACUGAGGAUUCAUCAGCCCAAAACACCAUAAGGUGCACCACUAGAAGUAGCCCAGGUCUGGAUGACCAUGUACUGGAUUCUCCACAGCUGGAGAGUCAUAAUCCUUGGUUAGCAUCAUCACCAACUAGAUCCCCUGUGAUAGCACCUGUCAUGUUUUCAGCUAUUGUAGAGGAAGAGCUCCAGCAAGAAGCUGCUCUGAUUAGGAGCAGAGAAAAACCUUUGGCUUUGAUCCAGAUCGAGGAGUGUGCUAUUCAAGAUUUAUUAAUCCACUAUGAAGCUUUUGACAACCCUGAUGAAUUUGUGACUGUUGAAAGGGCUCCACAGGGACCUAUAGCUGCACCUAUGUGGAACAAGCACUAAUUUAUACUCUUCACAGUCCAUGUUGUACGUGCACUUCUGAAGUUCUAAUUCUCAUUACAAGUAGAACGGGACUGGAAGAACAAGAAUCAUGUAAUUUUUAACAUCAACGUUCAAACACUGCACAUAAUCACUAGAUAUUUGUUAGAGAGAAUGGAAAUAAUGUGUU